AUGGGCAACGCGGAGGGCGCGCACGCGCAGGCGCGCGAGGAGGCGGGCGGGCUGGCGGCCGGGGAGAACCUGCGUGUGGUGCUGCUGCGCAUGAUCCACGAGGCGGCGCAGCAGAUGGCGGCGGCGGCGGGCGGCGGGCUGGGGGCGGCGCUGAAGGCGGCGGCGCAGGACGGGCGCGCGGGCGACGUGCAGCGUCUGCUGGACGCCGGCGCCGACGUGGACGCCGCCGACGCCUUCGGCCUGACGGCGCUGCAGGACUUCUACGGGUGGACGCCGCUGCACAUGGCCGCCAAGUCGGACCGCGGGCGCCUGUGCCUGCGGCUGCUGCUGGGCGCCGGCGCGGACCACAGCUGCCGCGACAGCAAUGGGUGGACGCCCCUGCACUGGGCGGCCACGGAGGACAGCGAGGCGGCGGUGCAGGCGCUGCUGGCGGCCGGCGCCAGCCCCGCGGCCAGGGACAACUUCGGCAUGCUGCCGCUGGACCUCGCGGGCUCCGAGGGCGUCCGCCGGCUGCUCAGGAACGACGUAAAUAGACUGGCGCUGGACUACGACCUAAAUGGACUGGCACUGGAAAGAGACAAAUUGGGACUGGCACUGGAGAACGACCUAAAUAGACUGGUGCUUGACAAUGACCUAAAUGUGCUGGCGCUGGAGGACGACCUCUACGGACUGGCACUGGAGAAUGACCUUCAUAGACUGGCGCUGGACAAUGAUCUAAAUGGACUGGCACUGGAGAGUGACCUAUAUGGACUGGCACUGGAAGACCUAUAUGAACUAGGAAUGGAGAAUGAUUUAUUGGGACUGGCACUUGAGAAUGACCUUUUGGGACUGGCACUGGAGAAUGACCUAAAUGGACAGGCAGUGGAGUUAUAUACUGGACUUAAUAAUGGGUGGACUGGUGUAUGUACUGGACUUAUAUUGACUGGCACUGAAGAAUGGCCUUCUGGAACUGGUACUGGAGAAAAAUCUUUAGGGACUGGUGCUGGAGUAUGA